CGAUUCACAGUUCAUAACACGGUUGUGAGAUGUCUUGACAAAUGUAUUUUUUUUCAUACAGAAAGACAAAGAUGGAACAAUAUAGAGGAUGAAACGACUUAAACGCACUGAAUCUAUCGAGGUUUACCAGAGAAUAUUUAUAUUUCUAAUUAACUAUCACGCGCCGAAUGGAGAGUUGAAGUUGUCGUGAUCGUAGGUACAGCAAGCCAGAAACAUGGACGCGGAGACAAUGAAAAAUCUUGAUGCAGUAUACAAGAAAUGGCAGAAUCGUACCGACCCUGCAGGCGGUGGAAUCUAUACAGCCGGUGACGCAAAUGAUCUUGGAAGAAAAGCAUGGCAGGACAAAUUUGGGGACAAUAUUCAAGCACCACAAAGAGCGCCUUCGAGAUUCAGGCCCAGAAAACGAAAAAACAAGGUGUGCUUUGUAUUCCUCAACUGCUCAUCUUAUGUAUUAGGGGCAACAGUAUACUUCUUUUGUUAUACUUUAUUGUAGCUUUUAGCUUUGGCAUUUUCUAAUACUUACGCCUUUAGAGAUUUAACAGUGGAUAAAUGGAUAUGAGUGAAAAACAAUUAACUGCAAAUCUGGGCCAGGCUCCAAUACUUCAAAAGACGGAUAGCUCAGACUAUGCACUGGACAAAUCUCCCUCCAUUAGAUAACUCAGUUGGUUUCCCUGAUAAUAUUCCGUUGGAUAGUGAUUUAUCCAGCGGAUAGCGCUAUCCAGUGUUUGAAUAACGGGCCAGAUAAAGCUCUACAGUGUACAGUUACAUGUGCUACACUGGAAAGUGAUUCAUCCAGUGGAUCCAGUGUUAUCCACUUCACCUUGGAUCGUGAUCAGCUGAGGCCAUAAGUCCCGGUUCAGACGCUGAACUUUUCAUGAGCCGAACCUAAUACAUUGAAUUAAGUACAUGAAAAGUUCGGUGUCUGAAUCAAUUAGGAACGCCUGUUUCAACUUGGAACGGCUCAGCCGUUCUUUUCAGCUAGCCCAGCCAGGAAUUUUGAAACGGCUUUGAUGAAGACGCCGAACUUUUUAUGUACCAAACCUAACGCAUAAAUUAUCAUAACGUAUUUUGUAAGCUGUUUGACCGAAAUAAGCAUUUUUCCCCUUUUGAGCUAAGUUCAGCUGCAAUUAAGGUCAGCGUCUGAAUCAAUUCAGCCAGUCGAAAUAAUUUGGGUCGACCUUAAUUCGAAUUAGGUUCGGCUCAUAAAAAGUUUGGUGUCUGAACCGAGCCUAAGCAGUGAAAUCACAGACCAGGUGUCUGGAAAUUAUUUUUCUUAAAUAAAUGCGUAUGUUGUAGUUAAUUUUUUAUUUCAGUUAAUUUUUAUUUUUCCAUUGUUUUUGGGUAUGGUAAUGUAUGCUAAUGAAUUUAAAUCAAAGGAAAAACAAAACUUAACUGAAAUAAAAAGUUCACUGCAACAUAUACUUCUAAUUCAAGAUUUCUCACUUUAUUUUUACCAGUAGUUCCCCAGUAGUUCAAAGUAGUCACUAGAAGAGUUCAUGCUCUUAUUUGAAUUAUUUUUAUUUCACUACAACAAAUACCUUAAAAUUCCGAAAAUAAGCCCCGGGGCUUAUAUUUUUCAAAGGCCCUUUUUGAGGGGCUUAUUUUUGGAAAGGGCUUAUAUUCGGAGGGGCUUAUCUACGAAGGGAAAUUUGCGUCUCAAAAUCGAUUGGGCUAGCCUUAUAGUUGGAAGUAAAUUUACCAUUUUUGCUUUGUUUUAAGUUGUAUUUGAGGGCAAUUUUCCAAGUACAAGCCUCGGGGGGGGGCUUAUAUUUGGAGGGGCGAUUUAACGGAGGGUUUUUUGCGUUACCGGUUUGGGGUGCUUAUAUUUGGAGGGGCUUAUACAUGGAGGAGCUUAUUUUCGUAAUUUUACAGUAUGUUGUGGCUCAAUUUUAUUGGGGGAUAAGCUUUUUGCUUAUCUUAAUGUACUUCUUUUUUUUUCCUUUAGCAAGCAGAUCUCAGUUUCCAGCCUUUAACAGAGGUGAAAUUUCACGUGCCUGGUGCAGUGAUCCCUGCUAUUUAUAAAAGGAGACGCCCAGUUAUGGGAGCAUCUUGUGACAGAUGUUGUAAAGAGAGUAAGGUAAUGGCUGUGGAUAGAAUAGGGUUAAGGCUAUUAAUCUGACCCUUAUGACCUUAAAGUUUGAGGCACUGUUCAGUCGUCAUACUUUUCAGUUACCUUACAUUUACAUGUAUAUCAAACAACUUUAUCCUUUAAGUCCCAUGGGUGACCAACAUUGAAUUUUUCCUAAUGUUGUCAAUACGUCAUCAAAAGAAAAGGUAAUGAUCAGUAAAGGGAGAACUUCUUCAAUCUGUAAUUAAAUCCUCUCUAAGUUUUCUCAAAGAAAAUGUAUGAAGAUCAGUGGGGAGAAUUUGUAUGGGGAUCUUGGGGCUUAAAGUGUUAAAAUGGCCGAAGUAUACACUGUAUGCCUGUUGAUUCAAACCCCAAACUAAAUUUGCUGCACUCAAUUAAAAAGCAGUUUGAGGCCCCACAAAUUUUAAGUUGUAAAUUUUGAGGCAACAACUUUUGCAUUGAGUUCAGCUAUGAAAAAAGCUUGGUAUUGUAAUCAAAGCCAUUCCAAGCGUAUCUUAACUGCAUUAUUCAUACGCCAAAAUUGUUUGAUAUUGAGUCAAAGAGUCUUGAUCUGAAUGUGUCAUCAGUAAACUUGAUGAAAAUGAUCUUAACUUUCAAUAUUUUUCUCUGUAGAAACUCUUUGAGGACAUCACACCUUCAUGGGGAAUGCACAACAUUCUGAGCCAGAAUCUUUAUAAAAAGUAGGUUCUGUUUAUUAUUAACUGAAAAUUAAUGAAACAACUGUAGAUUGAGGUGUAUAUUUCAUAUUGCUAAUUAACAAAAUAAAUAUCCCCCACUCUCAAAGGAUAUUUUAAUAAUAAUUUGCUAUUUUUCUUGAUUGUUUUUUCUAUUGUUAAUAGACAUAACCUGUUGAAAAGGAGCUUUUGUCACAUAGCCUUUGUGAGAGCUUGCAACAUCAGUCAUGAAUAUCCUGACGUCAAACAAAAUGUCAUGCAAUCUGCAAGGUAAGUAUCAUAUCAUCAGCAAACAUGACUUUCACACACUUAGCAUGGUGAAUGCUUAAUCUCUUAGUAAAGUUAGGAUGGUAUUGGGAAAUUAAGGUGGCUCUUUAUCCCAGGACCUCCUCAUAAAUUCUUUAGUAAAAAUUUUAUUCUACUGGUUUAGGUUUGGUUUCCACUAACAUGUUUUUUGAACAAAAAUUAAGGGUUGUUGUCACCAGUGUAAUUAUCCUCAAACUUUGGGAGUUGUUGCAACAAUGUUGGCAGUGGUGUGCAAAUGCACGCAACAACUCCCAACAAUGUUGGGACCUACAGUGCACCGUGGGAAGGAUACAACCCACAAGACUUUGUUAACCAUGUGUAAUGCACGUGCAUGGCCCCAACAAUGUUGGAAGAGCUGUGCAAAUGGAUCCAACAUUGUUGCGCUACACUUCAGUGAUCACGGAGCAAAAGAAAUGUAGGGACUUGUUGGCUUUGUGCAACAACACGCAACAACAUGCAAGGGUGUGCAAACUGAUGCAAUUUUGCGUCCGUUUGCACGGGGCUUUUAUAGCUUAAUUUGAUGUCAAAAAUUAAAUACACACAUAUUUUAUUAUACUUAUUAGAGUGAAGACUUGUAUCCUAACUCCAGUCUUACAAGAGCAUUCUCUAUCAGGUAAAAUAGUUAAUGCUAGAUGUAAAACACUGAAGAAGUCAUUUUGAUCAAUAAUUUUAUUUCAUACACUUUUUUUCUUAUUUGUGUGCCUUUCAUGCUAUCAUAGUCAAUAGAUAGAUAGAUACGGUAUAUUAGGUUCUCUGGAAAAAGGCUCUGACCGUACAAAGCAAUUUUUAUUAAUAAAAAGUCAAAUUGACUUAGUUACUUUAAUUGUGAAAAUUUCUUUCUUCUUUUGGUAGACCAAGAUAUCAAUGAGGCAGAAAAAAUAAGGCGACAGAGACUUACAGAACUUGAAAAAGAAGCUGAUACUAUUUAUAACAGAAUGGCUGCCGUUAUUUACAGAAGAUUUAUCAGGUUAAUUUAAGUGAUUGGUAAACUAACUUACUACAAUGUACAUGUAUAUAUAUCAGGCUCUUACUUACCUUUGAAGUGGUAAGUGAUAGGGUAGCAUGUCCCAGGUGUUGAGAUAGUGGAACAUGCAUGAAAAAAGAGCAAGUGAAAAAAAAAAAGAAGAAGGGAGGAAGGAAACUUCAUUCCUUCACUGCUCUCCCCAAUCCCCCCUCUUUUUACUCACUUUAUUUUUAGCUUUUUAGCCCAUAGUGAUCCAAAUGCUUAGAAAAGGCUUUUUUGUAGUUUUUUUUAAUGUGAAAUUUCCUGUUUUGGUCAUCAUAGCAGUAGAUUUUACUGAAAAAAAUUACACAAGGGCUCAGUUUUAAAUAGCCAGGAAAAAGUCAUUAACUGUAGCUUUAAUUAUUGUUCUCCAGCCAUUUUUGUUGGUUGUUUAUAAUAAUAAUAUUAUUUGCUUUAAGUACCCUUUCGCGCAGAGUGUUUUUGAUUUUACACCUAAGGAGAUAACAGCUAUUUCGUAGAGGUACAUGUUCUGUAUAGAUUUACCCUCAGUUUGUUUCAAACUCAUCAUUAUAUCUCAAUGCAUCCUGAUCCAGAAAAAGCAAAUUAGAUAAAAUGAAACCACAAUACAUUUCUUAAUCAAUUGUAUGUAUUUUUACGAUGCAGGUUCACUGCAUGGUUUUUGUUCAAACUGUUUGGAAGGCUACUCUCUAGCAUACAGAUUCACAAUGGACAAAUGGACAUACUAAGGGAAGCUUCACAGGUUAGCUGACUUUCCUUUUUGUGGGUAACUGCAAUCAUGGUGUACAUUUGUUUGUCAAGAAAAAAAAUGAAAUUUGUCAAUGUCUUUUACAUUUUGAUGUACUGUAAAUGCUCCUAGUUGUUUAGAAUAGUCCCUAAGUCAUUUUGUUCUCAGUCAAAAUAUGUCAUAUAUUGCUAAAAGCUGCUGAAAAAUUUGCAACUUUUUCGUUCAAACAAAUGAAAGAAGUAACAAGAAUUGCACUUUCUGUGAUUUGGGCUUAGUUGAUAAACUGCAGAUAAAAGGCUGAUUUGGAAACUUACCUCUGCAUGUUUAGUUUUGUAGUGCUUCCUAGAAUCAUGGAGUUAUUAGACACCUUUAUUAGGUCUUUUUGAGGUGUGCUCACGGCCAAACAGAAACAGCAUAUUUUACAGAUAACUGUAUGAUAUGAAAGGAAAUUUGAGUGUGAGUCCUUGUUCAGUGCCUUUUUACUACACUAGCAGAGGUUUCGUUUCAGGCUGGAUGCCAGGCGCAACGUCCGGUUGUUUGACAAGUAAUCUCCGGAAGUUUGCACACGAAAUAAGUAUUUUUUAAGACUGAGUGAAAAUCGUUUCUUGUUUGAUUUUUCUGAUGAUUCAAUGCAACAACUGGACUGGACAUAUCUGUGUAUUACCUUUUGUCAUCAGGGAUUCAUACACUCUUUCUGAUUGGAAUUCGUUUUGGAAUCAACUAAAAAACAAACAACUGCAAACCAAUAAUUAUAAUUGCCAAAUCAAAUAUUUCAUUUUAUUGUGAACAUUUUCUUUUUUUUGCCGUAAAAGACUUUCCUGGUUAUCCAAUUCCAGUCCAGUAAAUGCAGGAAAUUGCAUUUUAGAGAGUUCAAUUUAGAAAUUUCCAGGGGGACAUGCUCCCUGGAACUGCCCCUCCCCCUCCCCCUCCCCCUGCACUUGCAGCACGAACAGUACAAUUCCACCAGCUGAACCUCUGCUUUUGGUACUUCCAAAUGCUACCGAAAACCCUGAACCAGCGUACCAAUAAUUUUGUCUAACCACCUUUUUUACAUUGAUUAUUUUAAAACUUUAUUUUUUCCUGUUGGUUUGCAGGAUGAAAGACCUCUGGUGUUCUUACCACUUCAUAAAAGCCACAUGGAUUAUCUCCUACUCACCUUUGUCCUUGUUACAAGGGACAUAAAGGUAGGCAAUGUUGGCGAAAUAUCCAACAAAGAGAAUCAUUUUAUUCAAUUUACCCACAAAACAGCUAUGCAACAAGAUAUGUGUUUCUUUAUUUUCCAGAUGGAAUAGUUAGAACUUUGGAAUUUUUUUUGGAGGAGAGGAAACAAAAUUAUAGCCUUUUGAGAAAUACCUUUGGUGUUAGAGAGAAAACCUUAACUCAGCUCAAAGAACCCACGCUGGGCUUGGAAGAAGAAAUCUCUGAGUACUCCAAACUGGAGUUGAACCUUUGAUCUUCUACACUGUAGUCACUAGUUCUCUCUUCUGUUUAUUUAGGUUCCACAUGUGGCUGCUGGAGGUAAAAAUUACACAAUUUAUACAUUCCCCAAACCAGGCACCUUUGGGAGCCCAGGUCGAGCUCAUUGCUCUGACCCUGCCCAUAUUUGGAUGGCCAAACAUUGAAGUGAUUGGCACGAUAUUUAGAAAUUGGAGAAAUUCACAGUGAUUUUGUUACAAGACUUAGUAGUUAUGUUGAGUCCUGGCACUCGUCUUGUGAAAAACCAUGAGUCUCAGUCCAGAACCAAUGAGACCAAGUUAAAAAGAUCAAGUCCAAAAUUGAAAAUGCUUUGGNUGUUGGCGAAAUAUCCAACAAAGAGAAUCAUUUUAUUCAAUUUACCCACAAAACAGCUAUGCAACAAGAUAUGUGUUUCUUUAUUUUCCAGAUGGAAUAGUUAGAACUUUGGAAUUUUUUUUGGAGGAGAGGAAACAAAAUUAUAGCCUUUUGAGAAAUACCUUUGGUGUUAGAGAGAAAACCUUAACUCAGCUCAAAGAACCCACGCUGGGCUUGGAAGAAGAAAUCUCUGAGUACUCCAAACUGGAGUUGAACCUUUGAUCUUCUACACUGUAGUCACUAGUUCUCUCUUCUGUUUAUUUAGGUUCCACAUGUGGCUGCUGGAGGUAAAAAUUACACAAUUUAUACAUUCCCCAAACCAGGCACCUUUGGGAGCCCAGGUCGAGCUCAUUGCUCUGACCCUGCCCAUAUUUGGAUGGCCAAACAUUGAAGUGAUUGGCACGAUAUUUAGAAAUUGGAGAAAUUCACAGUGAUUUUGUUACAAGACUUAGUAGUUAUGUUGAGUCCUGGCACUCUUCUUGUGAAAAACCAUGAGUCUCAGUCCAGAACCAAUGAGACCAAGUUAAAAAGAUCAAGUCCAAAAUUGAAAAUGCUUUGGCCUUUUUGUAACUAGACUGUUAAUCAGAAGACCGACUCCAAAACUUUGUAUUACAGUAUAAUGAAAUUAAAAUACAUUCCAUUUAUAGUCCUUCUAUUUUAAAGCAGAACAAAGGCUAAAAUAAAAAUGUCUGGUUAAACAACAAUAACUGCCACAGAAAUUACACGAACGGGAUAUUUCUGCAAGUAUACAUGUUCAGGUCGAUCGAUCGAUCUUUGCGUCCUACGGGAUGCAUUGCCAUGAAUUGUUUUGGGUCUUUAGGGCUUUUGAUGCAUCAGGAAGGCAGAUGAAAUCACCAUUUAAAAUACAAACAUGGCAAAAACUAGUAUCACUUUAUUUGGUGAUCUAAUUCAAUAUCUGCAGGCUAAAUGUAUAUGACGAAAUAUAUUACCAUUAAUACAAGUAAUUUUCUCAAUCUAUGUGUGUGUGUUGUUCCCACAAGCAGGCCAUCCUUAUAGUUCCCAAUCUAAGGUGCAUCUAUCCGCUGCGAAAGGGCCGGCAUCCUUCACUCUAUCCAGCAUUCCCGCUCGAGGUCUUCCAGGUGGCCUCUUCAAUCAAUGCCUGAUUCUAACAGGAUGAUAUAUGACAUAUCUUUAUUUUUUUAAAGGGCUUUUAAUUAUUGAAUUAAUAAAUCUCUUUAUUUUGCAGAUAAUUUAAGGAUUCCAGUUUUUAGGUAUGAUUUAACCACAUUGUCUCAAUACAAAAUCGUAAUAUUGUCACAUGCAACUCAAGAGCAUGACAUUGUUCAUGUUUCUUCCAAUAGCUGGAUGUUGAGACGCCUCGGUGGGUUUUUUAUCAAGCGUAAACUGGAUCAUUCCUCACAAAAAGAUGAACUGUACAAAUGUGUGUUACAAGAGGUGAGGAUUCUACGUUAAAUCGUAUUCUCAUGCUCUCUGUUAUGAUUUUCUCCGAGCUCAGACUUGAUGUGUUGUGAUCUGUGUUUCAGUAUGUGGAGCAGCUACUUCAGAAUGGACAGUACCUUGAGUUUUAUAUAGGUAAGUCAGUGGAACGACCCCGGGAACGACUUUUUGUACUGAUUGCCAAGGUGUCUAGCCUGGGUAAGCUCUUCUCUGUACCAAAGUAAGAUUACAGUCAACAGGCCGGAAGUUCUCAUGUUUAAUAUACAUGUAUGAGAAUUGCUCUAUCUAAUAAGUGAGAGUUGUUUCACAAGUUGAUUAGAAAGCAACGUAAGAGUCAUUCAUGUUCGCCGACCGGCAAUGAAUCGUGAUCAGGGUACCACCUUCCUCCAAUUAAAAGAACAAAUUUGCAGCCUUGCGUAAACUAGGCUGCGAGUAACAGCAAGCGCCUCCUAUAAAGGGAUUCGGAUCAACCUGACAUCAGGCAUUCCUUUUUUUUUUUCGAGAAAGCGCGAAAUUGGGAGCAAAGACAAAAGGAGAAAAAAAGGAAGAAAGAACAAAGGAUUUGAUGAAGGACCGCCUGAUUGCAGGUCGGGUUCGGAUGGGAUCUGAAUGCUCUGAGUAACUUUCAAGAUAUUUGUUGGUGAUGAAGAAUAUUUCUCUCUAACGUGUCAGUGAUAUUUUUACGGCGGCACCUUGUUUUUCAGCCCACGUCUAGCUUUUUGGAUAUCUCGUAAAACACUCCUUGUAGUGCUGGAAACACUACUUAGUAGUACUUACAAAUGUGUGAUGUUGUUAUCGUGAAUUGCAGAAGGUAGUCGAUCGAGAACUGGAAAGGCUAUGGUUCCCAAGUCAGGACUGCUUUCAUUGGUUGUCAAUUCAGUUACAGAAGGUAAAUUUUCCUGCUGCCAGGUGUCAUAUGUCAAAAGUCACCAGUAACGAGAAAAUGUUAAUGCCGGCUUCAAAUUGAAAUGGCCAGAGUCAUCAGUAUUUGUUAUUACAAGUCAUUGUAAGCCCAUGAUACACUUACAAUGACUUUUUGCACAUUUUUUCCUUAUAUUACUAUGUUUUUUUUAGGUGUUGUACCAGAUGUUAAUAUUGUGCCCGUUAACAUAUCUUAUGAAAAGGUAACGACUAAUAGUAGUUGUAUAGGGAUCGGUCAGGCCUUUUUUGCAGAACGAUUCAUUAGCUUGCGGAGGAAUACAUUAUCGCCGAUGACGUCAUAGCCAUUUGUCUUUAUCUCAUGAAUGAAAUGUAGAGGAUUGGAAUGUCAUUAAGAUAAGGUCAUGUGCUAUUUUAAAGUAGUUUAUCCGUGACUUAAAAUCACUGAAACGUAACGUAACGUCAUUAUACUCGUUCUAUUUCCUGCCGCUCUCAUUGUCCAACCAUUGUUCAAGUUCCGGUUCACAGAUUCUUUGCACGCAAAUUUCGGUAGCCUUUUUUUUUCUAUCAAAUCACUUAGUACCUUUUUGUUCUUGAUUAAGCCAUUAUCGACUCUUAUUUCCGUAAUUCCACCUAGGAACGUAUUCAACGCACGAGGUUUGGACACGCUAUCGUUAUGUGGUAGUAGUGCAUACUCAACUAGCUCGGCGAUGUUUGUCAUGGAAAUUACACGUUUAUUUCGAAGUAACUGUCCGAGGGAAGUCGGGGAAUCCAGAAUAGAAUAUUUUUGGAAGCAGUCAUGCUAUGUAUCAAAUCAGAAGCACACUCUUUAGACACCGCUUUGGAAAGAUUACUCAAAACAUCUUUGAUCCUUGGUUCUUCAUCCUCGCUUUCAUCAUCACAACUUUCAUCUCGAUCGGUGCUGGUGGAAGACAGGUUCGAAUGAGUAACUUUUAGCUUCGUUUCCUCUUUUAUAGCAGCAAAAGUCGUAAGCUUGUGACAGCAGGGACCAAUGGGUCUUGAAUAAAACUACCACCCUCUUGUACAAGGAUUCGCUUCUUUGUUUUGUAAGAGACAUUUGGUGAAGGUUACAGGAAAAAAUUGGUUUGGUUGUACCCUAAGUACUAUGCAAAAUUUGCGCGCCAAGAAUCAGAGAACUGGAACGUUAACAAUUGUUGGACAAAGAAAGCGACAGCAAAUAGAACGUGCAUAAUUACGUUACGUUUUGGUGAUUUUAAGUCACGGGUGGUUCAUACCCAAAUAAGGGCAUGACCUUAUCUUUAAUGAGAUUCCUCCGCAUUUUAUUCGUAAGAUAAAAACAAAAGGCUAUGACGUUAUCGACGUUACUGUAUUCCGCAAGUUAAUGAGAUUCCUUCGCGAAAAAAGGCCUAACCGGUUUCUAUACUACUACUGUGCCACUACUACUAAGCUCCGGUUAUUCAGGCAUUGGAAAAUGCUAUCCACAGAAUGACUCACUAUCCACCGGAUGAGUAUUCAAUUGUGGUAACCAAUUUCCGCUCUCCACUGGAUAGAGAUUUAUGAAGGGGCUAGCGUCAUCAGCCUUUUAACAAACUGGGGCCAGAUUCUAAUUAAAUGAAAUCUUUAAUUUUUUCCUGAUCUUGACGAACAGAAAUCAAUGUUCUGCCAACGUGGAAUAACUGUCCGUUCAUUUAACGGUUAUGUUACUUUCAACAUUCUAUGAUCAGUCUCGCUGGCUUAACGUUGGCAUCGUAUUUCUCAGUUUUACAUCUUACUUGAGGAAUUCCGAUAAAAUAUGCAGUUAAUCGUACCUUUUUUUUGUUACGUGCGUUGGCUUCAUUUCCUCCUUGUUUUACCUAAGAAUUCAUAACUUCAACUUUUACCAAUUUGAACAACUUAUAUUUUACCAGGUUGUGGAUUCAGGUUAUACAAACGAACUUUUGGUAAGGUCCGCUUUAGUUUCAUAAUACAUGUAUUCAGUGACAUUAGCGAUGUUUACGGCAGGAGGAGUUUGAGUCUUGAAUUUGAGUCUUUUUGUUCAAAUACUGAGAGAAAAUAACCCGCUAAAGAAUUGUCUCGUUACAGGGUGAAGUAAAAAGACCAGAGUCUUUCUGGAGUACGAUCAAGAGUAUCUGGCGGGUCAUAAGAACCACGUACGGCAAUGUUAGGCUUGACUUUGGACAGCCAUUUUCUCUUCAGGUUCGUUUCCUUCAUUAACUUUAAAGAGCGGACGGUGUAGCACAAGUAAAUUUUUACUCCAACGACGAAAAUCGUAGCACAUUACUCUGUACUUUUAACCAUACACAAAAUCCUCCUGUAGAGUUCUGGAGAAAAUAUCAAACAAAUUUCAUGCAGGGAGUACUAACCUUGGUGAUUUUUGCAAGCAUAGCAUUUAAACUUGAAAAAGUUGGCCCAGCUUUUUCAAGUUUCAAUUCAUGUCCGCCGUCGGCGUCCAUUGCAAGAGACAAAAGGAAACUGUGCCAGUCGAAUGUCUAAAUAAAGUCUUGAUACAACCUCGUGAAUUGAACCAUUAUGGUUUGAAUUCAGUUGAUGCGAAGACAAGCUCUAGCUCUUGCAGAAGACACUGGCAAGUGCCGAAUUUCUAACCUCAGUCGUCAAUGAGCCCGCGUAGCUAGUUCAGUAUCUCAGCGGUGGUCCAGAUAUUGCUGGUUUGCACGUGACGUCACGGCGGCCAUGUUGGUGUUCAAGAACAAAAGCAUUUCUCUCUUCUGGGAACUAAACUUUAUUUUCAUGUAAAUUCUUCUCAAAAAAAAAAAACUUUUGUAUUGAUCUCCAACAUGGCCUCCUUAUCACGUGGUUGCAAACCAAGAAUUGUCCUCUUAAGUGUGAGAAACAGAGGUUACUUGUUAACAAACUUCAUAAUAUUUGCCUUUAAACAGGAGUUCUCUCGAUCCAUGGACCUGUCACAGCCCAUGAAGGAUUUUGCAUCUAGCCUAGUUGCCAAGGCAACCGCUAACUCCUCGUCCCGGUCCUCUCUCUUGCGGAGCUACUCGGACGUAUCGCUGAGUGACAUGGGUGAUGACAAGAGUAAUUCUACGUUAAAUCGUAUUCUCAUGCUCUCUGUUAUGAUUUUCUCCGAGCUCAGACUUGAUGUGUUGUGAUCUGUGUUUCAGUAUGUGGAGCAGCUACUUCAGAAUGGACAGUACCUUGAGUUUUAUAUAGGUAAGUCAGUGGAACGACCCCGGGAACGACUUUUUGUACUGAUUGCCAAGGUGUCUAGCCUGGGUAAGCUCUUCUCUGUACCAAAGUAAGAUUACAGUCAACAGGCCGGAAGUUCUCAUGUUUAAUAUACAUGUAUGAGAAUUGCUCUAUCUAAUAAGUGAGAGUUGUUUCACAAGUUGAUUAGAAAGCAACGUAAGAGUCAUUCAUGUUCGCCGACCGGCAAUGAAUCGUGAUCAGGGUACCACCUUCCUCCAAUUAAAAGAACAAAUUUGCAGCCUUACGUAAACUAGGCUGCGAGUAACAGCAAGCGCCUCCUAUAAAGGGAUUCGGAUCAACCUGAGAUCAGACAUUCCUUUUUUUUUUCGAGAAAGCGCGAAAUUGGGAGCAAAGACAAAAGGAGAAAAAAAGGAAGAAAGAACAAAGGAUUUGAUGAAGGACCGCCUGAUUGCAGGUUGGGUUCGGAUGGGAUCUGAAUGCUCUGAGUAACUUUCAAGAUAUUUGUUGGUGAUGAAGAAUAUUUCUCUCUAACGUGUCAGUGAUAUUUUUACGGCUGCACCUUGUUUUUCAGCCCACGUCUAGCUUUUUGGAUAUCUCGUAAAACACUCCUUGUAGUGCUGGAAACACUACUUAGUAGUACUUACAAAUGUGUGAUGUUGUUAUCGUGAAUUGCAGAAGGUAGUCGAUCGAGAACUGGAAAGGCUAUGGUUCCCAAGUCAGGACUGCUUUCAUUGGUUGUCAAUUCAGUUACAGAAGGUAAAUUUUCCUGCUGCCAGGUGUCAUAUGUCAAAAGUCACCAGUAACGAGAAAAUGUUAAUGCCGGCUUCAAAUUGAAAUGGCCAGAGUCAUCAGUAUUUGUUAUUACAAGUCAUUGUAAGCCCAUGAUACACUUACAAUGACUUUUUGCACAUUUUUUCCUUAUGUUACUAUGUUUUUUUUAGGUGUUGUACCAGAUGUUAAUAUUGUGCCCGUUAACAUAUCUUAUGAAAAGGUAACGACUAAUAGUAGUUGUAAAGGGAUCGGUCAGCCGUUUUUUUGCAGAACGAUUCAUUAGCUUGCGGAGGAAUAGAUUAUCGCCGAUGACGUCAUAGCCAUUUGUCUUUAUCUCAUCAAUGAAAUGUAGAGGAUUGGAAUGUCAUUAAGAUAAGGUCAUGUGCUAUUUUAAAGUAGUUUAUCUGUGACUUAAAAUAACUGAAACGUAACGUGACGUAAUUAUACUCUUUCUAUUUCCUGCCGCUCUCAUUGUCCAACCAUUGUUCAAGUUCCGGUUCACAGAUUCUUUGCACGCAAAUUUCGGUAGCCUUUUUUUUUUCUAUCAAAUCACUUAGUACCUUUUUGUUCUUGAUUAAGCCAUUAUCGACUCUUAUUUCCGUAAUUCCACCUAGGAACGUAUUCAACGCACGAGGUUUGGACACGCUAUCGUUAUGUGGUAGUAGUGCAUACUCAACUAGCUCGGCGAUGUUUGUCAUGGAAAUUACACGUUUAUUUCGAAGUAACUGUCCGAGGGAAGUCGGGGAAUCCAGAAUAGAAUAUUUUUGGAAGCAGUCAUGCUAUGUAUCAAAUCAGAAGCACACUCUUUAGACACCGCUUUGGAAAGAUUACUCAAAACAUCUUUGAUCCUUGGUUCUUCAUCCUCGCUUUCAUCAUCACAACUUUCAUCUCGAUCGGUGCUGGUGGAAGACAGGUUCGAAUGAGUAACUUUUAGCUUCGUUUCCUCUUUUAUAGCAGCAAAAGUCGUAAGCUUGUGACAGCAGGGACCAAUGGGUCUUGAAUAAAACUACCACCCUCUUGUACAAGGAUUCGCUUCUUUGUUUUGUAAGAGACAUUUGGUGAAGGUUACAGGAAAAAAUUGGUUUGGUUGUACCCUAAGUACUAUGCAAAAUUUGCGCGCCAAGAAUCAGAGAACUGGAACGUUAACAAUUGUUGGACAAAGAAAGCGACAGCAAAUAGAACGUGCAUAAUUACGUUACGUUUUGGUGAUUUUAAGUCACGGGUGGUUCAUACCCAAAUAAGGGCAUGACCUUAUCUUUAAUGAGAUUCCUCCGCAUUUUAUUCGUAAGAUAAAAACAAAAGGCUAUGACGUUAUCGACGUUACUGUAUUCCGCAAGUUAAUGAGAUUCCUUCGCGAAAAAAGGCCUAACCGGUUUCUAUACUACUACUGUGCCACUACUACUAAGCUCCGGUUAUUCAGGCAUUGGAAAAUGCUAUCCACAGAAUGACUCACUAUCCACCGGAUNGAAGCGCACUCUUUAGACACCGCUUUGGAAAGAUUACUCAAAACAUCUUUGAUCCUUGGUUCUUCAUCCUCGCUUUCAUCAUCACAACUUUCAUCUCGAUCAGUGCUGGUGGAAGACAGGUUCGAAUGAGUAACUUUUAGCUUCGUUUCCUCUUUUAUAGCAGCAAAAGUCGUAAGCUUGUGACAGCAGGGACCAAUGGGUCUUGAAUAAAACUACCACCCUCUUGUACAAGGAUUCGCUUCUUUGUUUUGUAACGGACAUUUGGUGAAGGUUAAAGGAAAAAAUUGGUUUGGUUGUACCCUAAGUACUAUGCAAAAUUUGCGCGCCAUGAAUCAGAGAACUGGAACGUUAACAAUUGUUGGACAAAGAAAGCGACAGCAAAUAGAACGUGCAUAAUUACUUUACGUUUCAGUGAUUUUAAGUCACGGGUGGCUUCAUACCCAAAUAAGGGCAUGACCUUAUCUUUAAUGAGAUUCCUCCGCAUUUUAUUCGUAAGAUAAAAACGAAAGGCUAUGACGUUAUCGACGUUACUGUAUUCCGCAAGUUAAUGAGAUUCCUUCGCGAAAAAAGGCCUAACCGGUUUCUAUACUACUACUGUGCCACUACUACUAAGCCCCGGUUAUUCAGGCAUUGGAAAAUGCUAUCCACAGAAUGACUCACUAUCCACCGGAUAAGUAUUCAAUUGUGGUAACCAAUUGCACUCUCCACUGGAUAGAGAUUUAUGAAGGGGCUAGCGUCAUCAGCCUUUUAACAAACUGGGGCCAGAUUCUAAUUAAAUGAAAUCUUUAAUUUUUUUUCUGAUCUUAUGAACGGAAAUCAAUGUUCUGCCAACGUGGAAUAACUGUUCGUUCUUUUAACGGCUAUGUUACUUUCAACAUUCUACGGUCAGUCUCGCUGGCUUAACUUUGGCAUCGUAUUUCGCAGUUUUACACCAUUUUUCUUACUUUAAGAAUUCCGAUAAAAAUGCAGUUAAUCGCAUUUUUUUUGUUACGUGCUUUGGCUCCAUUUUCUCGUUGUUUUACCGAAGAAAUUAAAACUUCAACUUUUACUAAUUUAAACAACUUAUAUUUUUUCAGGUUGUGGAUUCAGGUUAUACAAACGAACUUUUGGUAAGGUCCGCUUUAGUUUCGUAAUAUUUAGUGACAUUAGCGGUGUUUACGCCAGGGGAAGUUUGAGUCUUGAAUUGAAGUCUCUUAGUUCAAAUACUGAGAGAAAAUAACCCGCUAAAGAAUUGUCUCGUUACAGGGUGAGGUAAAAAGACCGGAGUCUUUCUGGAGUACGAUCAAGAGUAUCUGGCGGGUCAUAAGAACCACGUACGGCAAUGUUAGGCUUGACUUUGGACAGCCAUUUUCUCUUCAGGUUUGUUUCCUUCGUUAACGUUAAAGAGCGGGCGGUGAUUUGUUUGAGAAAUUUCUCUGAAAUGCAGUACAAGUAAAUUUUUAUUCCCACGAGGAAAAUCAUACCACAUUACUCAGUACUUUUAACCAUACAAAAAAUCCUCCUGUAGAGUUCUGGAGAAAAUAUCAAACAAAUUUCGUGCAGGGAGCACUAACCUUGGUGAUUUUUGCAAUCAUAGCAUUAAAACUUGAAAAAGUUGGUCCAGCUUUUUCAAGUUUCAAUUCAUGUCCAUCGCUGCCAUCCGUUGCAACAGACGAAAGGAAACAGUGUCAGUCGAAUGUCGUAAUAAAGUCUUGGAAAAAAAAAACUGGACCAUAGGUUGAAUUAAAUUGAUGCAAAGAUGAUUCAGUUGAUGCGAAGACAGGCUCUAGCUCUUGCAGAGGACAGUGGCAAGUGCCGAAUUUCUAACCUCAGUCGUCAAUGAGCCCGCGUAGCUAGUUCAGUAUCUCAGCGGUGGUCCAGAUAUUGCUGGUUUGCACCUGACGUCACGGCGGCCAUGUUGGUGGUCAAGAACAAAAGCAUUUCUCUCUUCUGGGAACGAAACUCUAUUUUCAUGUAAAUUCUUCUAAAAAAAAAAAAAACUUUUGUAUUGACCUCCAACAUGGCCUCCUUAUCACGUGGUUGCAAACCAAAAAUUGUCCUCUUAAGUGUGAGAAACAGAGGUUACUUGUUAACAAACUUUAUAAUUUGCCUUUAAAUAGGAGUUCUCUCGAUCCAUGAACCUGUCACAGCCCAUGAAGGAUUUUGCAUCUAGCCUAGUUGCCAAGGCAACCGCUAACUCCUCGUCCCGGUCCUCUCUCUUGCGGAGCUACUCGGACGUAUCGCUGAGUGACAUGGGUGAUGACAAGAGUUUUGCGCUAACAAAGGCUCUUGGCUACCAUGUCGUUUACGGUUAGUUUAUGUUGCUGUCUUUAAAUCGAGUGUAAAGGUUCUUUUUAAAAAUAACAGAGCAAAGAAGUCAUGACGUCACAAAAGCUAAAUUUAUUAAAUUAUGGGAUUGAUGGUUGUGCUUCAGAAAGAACGAGAAAAAAAAUGCCCGCUUGCCAAUAAUCUGCGUGUUAGUGCAGUUUGGUGGCGAGAUUUUAGCAACGUUGUGCUCUAACGACUUCAUAAUUUGACCAAGAUCCUUGAGACCAUAAAAUUGCACAAACAUGCUGAUUUUUGGCAAGUGGCGAUUUUUGUCUUGUUCGUUCGUGAAACCUGAAAAUACGCGGCAUACCUACAGUCUUUGACGGUUGUAAUGACAGUGUUUGACUGUAAUUACAUGUUCCCUAUCGAAAUAAAGUGUCAUUUAUACCUUACUCCAAGAUUAAGUGUACUGACUAAACAGCUAAUGUACGCAUUUUUUGGUUCUUAGAUGCGGUUAAUUGCUGUGCUGUUAUGAGCACAAACAUGGUCGCUUUCCUCCUGUUAAAUAAUCACAGACAGGUUAGAGGCCAUUUCUUAAACUUUUCACAUUUUGAGUUGCUGUNACCUGUCACAGCCCAUGAAGGAUUUUGCAUCUAGCCUAGUUGCCAAGGCAACCGCUAACUCCUCGUCCCGGUCCUCUCUCUUGCGGAGCUACUCGGACGUAUCGCUGAGUGACAUGGGUGAUGACAAGAGUUUUGCGCUAACAAAGGCUCUUGGCUACCAUGUCGUUUACGGUUAGUUUAUGUUGCUCUCUUUAAAUCGAGUGUAAAGGUUCUUUUUAAAAAUAACAGAGCAAAGAAGUCAUGACGUCACAAAAGCUAAAUUUAUUAAAUUAUAGGAUUGAUGGUUGUGCUUCAGAAAGAACAAGAGAAAAAAUGCCCGCUUGCCAAUAAUCUGCGUGUUAGUGCAGUUUGGUGGCGAGAUUUUAGCAACGUUGUGCUCUAACGACUUCAUAAUUUGACCAAGAUCCUUGAGACCAUAAAAUUGCACAAACAUGCUGAUUUUUGGCAAGUGGCGAUUUUUGUCUUGUUCGUUCGUGAAACCUGAAAAUACGCGGCAUACCUACAGUCUUUGACGGUUGUAAUGACAGUGUUUGACUGUAAUUACAUGUUCCCUAUCGAAAUAAAGUGUCAUUUAUACCUUACUCCAAGAUUAAGUGUACUGACUAAACAGCUAAUGUACGCAUUUUUUGGUUCUUAGAUGCGGUUAAUUGCUGUGCUGUAAUGAGCACAAACAUGGUCGCUUUCCUCCUGUUAAAUAAUCACAGACAGGUUAGAGGCCAUUUCUUAAACUUUUCACAUUUUGAGUUGCUGUACUUCAAGUAGUCCCUGUUAACGCAGCAGUUCAGUAUUUUUGUGGUCACGUAACGCUCCUCCCCGUUAUGUUCGUGACGGGAGCGUUUGCGUGCGAUCAAGUUUUCCUUUGCAAGUUCCACUGACGCUUUUUUCUAUGUGUUUUUCAAGGGUACAACAUUUGAAGAACUGAGUGCGUCCUUUGGACGGUUGCGUGGAGAAAUAAUUUCGCGUGAGAGGUAGGUGACAUGCUUAGGUCGCCCGAAACCUAACUGAAAAAGAGAGAAAAAAAGAAGAAGAGGAGGCGGCAGUUAUCGGAAAUGAAAUUACGGCCACAUCUGUAUAUAACUUCCCUGUGUAUAGCAGUCACCCUGUAAAUUAUGGUCACCGCACAACUUCCCAAAAUUUCAGUUGCCUUAUAUUUUCUGCAAAGUUGACCUGUAUAUAGCGGUCACCCUGUAUAUUACGGUUACCUUGCCAUUUCCCAAGGGUGACCGUUGUACACAGGUUUGACUGUAGUGUUUGUAGUGGAAUGAAGUAGAUGCCCUUUUUCCUUUAUUCGACCUAAGGUUCUUUUCGCUAUCUUUGGAAAUACGAGUCCGUUCGCUUUCCGCCUUUUUUUUUUGGCCUUUUCUUUGUCUUUUUAUAUUCUUUCUAGCCCUCAACAUACCUAACUAAGGUAACUGUUAUACUCAAAUCUUAAUACAAUUAACAAUAUAAGCGCAUCAACGACUUUAUUCAAACACGCGCUGUAUCUUCGUUUUUCAGGGAUGUGGGGUUCUCUGGGGAUACGGCUGCAAUUAUCCAUCAUGCCUUGCGGUUACUGGCCGAUGACGUCAUAGUCACUGAAGUACAGAAGUUUAUUAUGGAGAUUCAUAUUCAGCCCAAGCUCGUUUUACCGCAUUUACUCAACCUGACUUUCUACAGCAAUCAGGUUAAUAACUCCUUCCUGUUCAUCAUAGACACCCUGCAUAGCUCAGCGAACCAGGUGAACUCAGGAGUGAGUUAUCAGCCCCGGGGGGACCAUCCCUCGUAUAAAGCCUGAGUCAUAGUGUGUUAAGUUUUCAGGCUAUCACAUUCAAGCCAGGGAAAGGGCACCCGCUCCCCAGAUUCUAUUAAUGAAUUUGUUGUUCGAAAGUCGAAUCGUUUAGUAGCUGAAUAGUUGCUGUAGAUUUCAGGUUCAUCUCUGCAUUCCUGCAUGCGUAAUGCCGGGCAGUGAAUCUUAUGAAAUUUCUGCCUGCUCAGUUUUCUUGAAUUGAUGUUAAUGUCUUCAAAGCAGUUUUAGACAUUCAACGAUUUUUCAAUCUGACCGCAUACAGAGAGGUUAUCGUAAAAAAAUUCACUGCUCGUUACUUAUGCAGGAAUGAAGAUUUGAAUUUGAUACUGGUUGCAGCAACGACUAACGGAUUCCUUUUUUAAAUAGUCGAUUCAUUAAUGGCAUCUAUAGGGCUACGCUUGACCUGGCGUGACUGUAGUGGUAAGCUUUCUACGCAAAAGGACAGCAGAAAAAAGAGGACGGCAAACCGCAUUUGUUUGACAAACGUGACAGGGCUAUUACUUGCGUGUUUUGUCGCGAUCUUCACUUAACAUUACUGUGUUCCGGUCUUUUACCAAAAGAUCUGCUUACACGAGAGGAAGGUGAAGUUUGGCAGAAAAUGUUUUCAAUCAUAAUUAUUGUCAUGCCUGUCAGACAAGGUUUGCCGUCUUCUUUCUUCUGCCGUCCCUUUGCGUAAGUUCACAAUUGCCUUCUGAUGACAUGCCAAACGGCGUGACUAAAUUCGAAUGUUCUCCUUUAUUGCAGGUUGUUUCGCUGUUUGCUUUGGACUCAGUGCUUGGUACGUUUGUGAAAGAAAAUGAUGAUUUGUUUUAAGUAUUGCAUAAUUUCAUGUCUAUAAAAGAAAGUGAAGAUUUGUUGACAAUAAUGCAUGAAAUUAUCAUUGAAAAACUAACCUCUUAUUAUCAUCAGCUUGCGGUAUUACAGCGGCGGCUGAGGACAGUGAAUCAUACGACUCAGAAGACAUCGAUGGAAAGAAAAUAGUAUCUCAGAAAACGGUAUGGGCAUUUUAUACCUUAUUGCUUCUGAUUAAGCAAAAACAGUUAAACAGUGUUCAAACGAUUAUGUUCAUCGCACAAUACCUUAAAUAUUUGCAGUCAUGCAUGAGUCAGAAGCCACCCUUAAGCCAAGCCUAGGUCGAACGUCGAACUUUUCAUGAGACGAACCAAACUUUAAUUUGGUUCGAACAGAUCGCGUCGGGGACGCGUCGAACCGAUCAACUGAAUCAGACCAAAAUGUAGUUUUAAUAAAUUUUCUCCCGAAAUACAAAUUUUUAAUUUCUAUCAGUUUAGUUCGUCGCAUGUGAAGAUCGACGUUUGUCCUGGAGACGAACUUCAGACGCUCUGCAGGCGGAUAGAACGUGUUGGACGAUCCAAACUCAUUAAGACGAACUUAACUCAGCAAGACGUCGAACUUUUCAUGAAAUUAACUCACUAAGUUUGGUUCGUCUCAUAAAAAGUUCGACGUUUUGCCUAGGCCCAAGAGGAGUACGACUUCGAGAACGAGAUUUUUUCAAUACUAAGUAGCGCUCGCGCGUGAACCAGCGUCAUUUUGGCGGGAAAAUGUGAUAGCCAUCGUUAUUUUACUACGAUUUUAAGCGAGAAUGUCGUAGUGGCAAGUUGUCAGAUGUUGAGAAGUUUUACCAUUUUGCGAUCGGGAGAGGGCUUAUCCUCUUUCAACAAAAAUAACUGUGUCGACCUUUAUGGUAAAAAAAAAGUAAACUGAAGGUUUAUGGGGUGUCUCUCUUUUGAGCAUAGGGAAAAACCUUUAAGGUGGCUGAACACAGUUUUGCGGGCGGUCAGCGGUAACUAACGUGACUGUGCGUGUUUAAAUUAGACAAACAAAAAUGGCGGCGUAAAGAUCUACUCAUUAAAAUUUUGUGAUAUUUGGCAGAGUUUUUACUUUUAUUGUAUUUUAAAUAAUGAGAACUUUAAAAUGGAAGUUGAACAGACGAAAUUUGUGAUACAUUUAAUAGUUGCAGUACCAUUAUAUUAUUGAGUAUCUAAAAUCCCGUCUGUUAAAAUUUGGUAAAAUAAGUUUCAAGUGAUAAUGAUUAAUUAUAGUAAGCUUUGGGCAAGUUUAUAGGAAAAUCUAAUGAGCGAAUUUUAUGUAAACUGAGCAAAAGUGAAAUUUUAAGGCUGUAUUCAAUCGUUCAUGUUGUCAUGGAAACUAGGAAAAGGUCAAAUUUACCUGUCAAUCAAAAUUUUUCAUCAGUGUUUUUUUUCACUUGCCAAGUUUCAGAUUGUGAGCUGCAACCUUUCUCUUGCCAUGAUUUGGUAAAUGACACACACUCACAAACUGCCAAAACUGUGUUCAGACACCUUAAGUGAAAUCUUGUCCUCGUACGGUCGUCCUCUUCCUUGAAUCUAAAGCUCUCUAAUGUAUAGAACAGACCUUGUCACGGUUUUUGACGCCAUUUUGAGGAGUAGGCAAAAACGUGAGAAAUUAUAGUGUCUUUAUGAGAAUCUAAUGUCCAAAAAUUUCCGUAGAACGGCUGUUCUGAAAAAAAAUAUGAUUUGUAAACUAAAGUCUCACUCCUAAGGAUUCUACGGAAAAAAUAUUGAGGGCGUUACAUGCACUAGAAGACCUAGAACCACUUUUUUAAAUUUUCUAUACAUUUGUCUGUAAGAAAGUCCCGGGAAAAUUACAGACAAAUAUAUGGAAAAUCUAAAGAAAGCCUCUGGAGAAAUUUAAGCACAGGUACGCCCCCAAGAUUUUUUAGGACAAUCUUUUGCUUUGUAGGCUUAGUUUACAAUUGAUAUUUUUUUUAAGAACAGCCGUUUUACGGAAAUUAUUCGAUAUUAGAUUCUCAUACAAACACUGUAAUUUCUCACACGUUUGCCUCCUCGUCAAGAUGGUGUCGAAAACCGUGACAAGGUCUACUACUCAGACGUUUGAUGCUGUGCAAAAAUUAGCUUUCUCAUCUCAAUUGUGAUUUCUUUUUUUAUCGUUUUAGAUACUUGAGAAGACGAAACAGUUAUGUGAUAUUCUUCAGAGAGAGUUUAUCUUUGUGCCGGUGAGUGGUUUUCUGAUUUUCAAUUUUUGACAAAAACAAUGAAGAGGGGGUACUGCGUUUUCUUUGAAAUAUCACUGACAACGAUUAGACCUUCUUGCAUCUUGACAGGUCACCUUAUUUACGCGAAAGAACGCCUUUCUUGAGUAAGGCCGCACCUAGGAACAAAUAUUUCGUCCAAAAAGCUCUCCGCGGGGAGGAGGGGAGGGGUUGAUGAUUGGGGAAAAAAGGGACAGGAAAGUUCCCCCACUCUCGUCCCUCCCCCCCGCUCCCCCUUCACUCCGAGAACUUGCUCGCAAGCUAAACUGCUGUAUCCUUACAGCAACAAUGCAUCGCUUAUCGCUGAUUUUUCACGCAUUUUUACUACGUUCUUCCUGUGCCAUUGUUAUCGCUUUUGAACAAAAUAUUGAAAAAGAAAUAAACCUUAUGCAGUAAUGUGUUACUCGCAAACACGAAGUUUUAAAUUAGCCCCACUCCCAUCGCCCUGAAAUAAGCGGCUUACCGACAAGUCCAAAUAUUUCAUAAGCACUGCGGGGCUUUUUCGAGUAAAUACGGUACUUUGGGGAUGGGAAAACUUUGACCACCUUAAUUUUCUUUGCGUUAGCCAGUUUGAAAGUAAAUUUUGGGGAGUGACACUUUGGAUUGGUUAUUCAAGUUUUUUUUUUCUUUCAGCCGUGCAUUUCACUGGAAUCUGCUCUGAUAGAAGCACUGGAUAAGUUCACAGCCAGCGAGACUUUGAAGGUUAUGCAGGUGAGUACGUUCAUGCAUGUUAUACGAGUCACGGGUGGCCACUAGCAAGGAGAUUUCGCAGCGACGUGUAAUAGGGACAAAAUCAGGUGCAGUUCACUCACAGGAACAUGCAAGAGGGACGUGUUGGCGGAACAAGUAGUACCAAGGAGACCGUGAAAUCACAAUGUCCACACUGAAAAUAUGUUACGGAGCCAUUUAUUUUGGUUGUUUUGCCCAUUUCACGAACACAAGAGAUUCUUCCCUGUAGUAGUAGGGAAGGUUGUAUACAACUUACAGUAGCCAUUUUAACGUUCAAAACAGAUGGUUUUUCCUUUUGCUAAAGACCCCCCGCCCCCCUGUUCAAUGUUGGGAUAUUCAUGUAACAGAACAAUUUAAAACUAAGGUUUGGAUCAACAUUGGUCUAGGGGAAGGAGGAAGAAGGAAAAAGGAGGUUUAGAGUAGUAGCCUUCCUAAAACUUUUGACGAUGAUUAUAGCCUAUUCACAGCUGCUCAACGUCUCUCCCUGAUUUUAUUUGAGAGGAGGAUGCGGCUGUAUACAGGCUGUGGAAAAGCUCACGUUAAACUCAAGUUAAUCUAUUUUCUACAGCAAAGUACCGCAGGUUCGAGAGGCGGAGACUGGGGAUGGGACGAUGAACACGACGAAGAUAUGAGCAUUAUCGAUGUCCCAGAGGUUGAUUAUAAGGUCAGUCCAUUGUUGUGUUAUAUGUUCCGCAUGUCAUGAAGGAUGACAACGAUGUUGAUGGCGACGAUAGUGAUGAUUGAUAGCUGAUGAUAAUGAUGAUGAUAGCUUACGAGGAAGCUCUCAAGGGGCGAGGGUGAGCUUGCUCGCAGGGUAUGAUGAUAAGGAUGCUGAUGUUGAUGAUAAUACUAGAGAGUUUAAGCUUCACGUAUACGGUAAACGGCAAACUUCAGAUUCAAGCUAAGAAUUUCUCAAAAUAGAAAAUAAGCAGACAAAAAAACUCAAAACAAUUCUUAUGGAUAAAAAAUUGCAUGAAACUACUAAUUUGUGUGUAGAAAUAAUGAAAAGUAAACGACAAGUAAAGGGAAAACUUGGUCAUGUGGUACAAAUUCGCGUUUUUUUUUUUGCCGUCUAACGUAAACUUGAUGCUUAAACUCUCAAAUAACCUUACACAUCAGGACGGCAAGCUACGGCAGAAAGAAGAGGAUGGUAAACGAUUGUAUGUGACAAACUUGACAGGGCUUUUUUGUCGUGAUUUUCACUUAAUAUUUCUGGACUUUCACACAAAGACAUGUUUAAAGGAAAGUGGCCGAGUUUGGCGAAACACAAUGCGUUCGCAGGCUAUCCUAUUGCGUAAGUUCACUAAUAAUGGUCAUGAUAGAUUUUAAACAAGAGGAUUACAGUCAGCAAAACCAGAUCAGCUAAGCGCACCAUUGUAAGACAUUCAGACUUUUUUUUACUAAUGAGGAGGAUGGCGAUGUCUGAUACUGGUGAUGAUGAUGAUUAUGAUGAAGAUAAUGAUGAACAGAACGACGGUGAUGAUGGUAUUGAUGUCUUUUUGUUUUUCUCUCUUUAUUCUGCCAGCUUACGAAGUCCGACGAACUACUGGCAAAACUGCGGUAUUUGAAGUCAUUAGUGGCUCCCCUGGUAGAGUCUUACUGGGUGUCGGCCUGUGCUUUGCGGUGGCUGAGUAAUCAGACAUUCUCAGGUAAAGUUCACAAACGGCAGUUAAGAAGUAAAGACACUAAUUUAUCCUCCAUAAGGACUUAUUUAUUUCGAGCACGUUUGAAGAGGGGAGGGAGCUAAAUAGAGAAAGAAGGCAUUUUACUGUACAAUCAGAAGAUGGUAUCAAUUCCCUAUAAAGAACUAGGGGGUGGGCUCAAUAACUUUCUUCCCCUAAAAGCGGGGGUCUUAAAUAAUAGAGGACAGUCUGUAGGAGGCGGAAAUAAGGGGUUGGCUUAUCGCAGACUACUCUUACUCGUUUAUUCGUAUUUUGACCCUUGUAUAAUAUCCACCUGUGUAAGGUCAACAUUGUUGGAAGGAUUUGUUUGUCUGUAACUUUGACAUGGCGCUUAAGACUGGCUCGGUGAUUGGUCAAAUACUGUGGGACUGUAUUGGGGUACAAGUUUUGACCCACUUUCCUGUGCACCUUUUUAAUAGCCAAUGACAGCAGCAAUAGCGUUCCAAGAACAGUCCCAUAGUACAAUUCAGCACAACACCGACCCAGUGAGUCUCAGCCGCAACCCCCAAAAUGGCGCGGGAAGUGAGCCCGCGCUACUCCCCUCAGGGUAGAUCAAGACUGGACCCGAGAGUGCGGCGGAAAAAAAAAAUUCAUACUUCGCUCCGAAGCUGAGGUAAAUGUAACAAAAGAAAUGAUUUGAUUAUUUAUCUCUGAAUUUAAAUGCUUUUUCUUUUGUUCUACACCCCUCAGCCUCGAUGCUAAGUGUGAAAUUUAAUAAUUAACGAAACUGACCUAUUAUAUAUAAGCGGUAGGCUGGUCGCAGACGAAUAUUUUUGUUUGUGUGACACUACUGCAACUCUGUAUGGGAUGCUUUGGUCACCUUUCUAAAGCUAACCCCUGGAACCGGUACCGACAGUGUCUGGCUAUGAAAAGCUUUACUGUUAUUACACUUUGUUCCAAAACGUCGUCUGGUUCAAAUAAAGACCCUUAAUAAAAUCCAACUAGUGGUCUAUUAUCACUACUGCGUUCUGAUUGGUUGAGCUACUACUAGGCUAUAUGUUAUAGCCCACUAGUAACGAAAAGCGCGGGCUUUGAAAGCCAAAACAAUGGCGGCUGAAUCGUGUUUUGCUAGCUAAAGUUGUUUUGUCUCGAGAUUUUUGACCAGCAAGUUGGAUUUUAUUAAAACAAUUAUUCCUCUUGUCCUCAUGGCCCCUGAGUCAAUAGACUCAGAGCCCAUUCGGGCUCGAGGAAUAAUUAAUAAUAAUAAUAAUAAUGAUGAACUUUAUUUGAGUUUCAUGUCUUAUAGCUCAGGCACAGUGCCCUACUAAUUGUUAAAUAUUACUCGAACUAUUAUUGUUCUUAACACCUGACUAAUUUAAAUUUGUAAUUGUGUCAUUAUAGUCAAGCCAGGUGAAGCGUACCCCACAGAUUCUAUUGAUGGGUUCAUUAUUUGAUGAUCAAACCGUUAGUUAGUCGUUGUUAAUAAUAUCCGAUUCAUCCAUUUCUUCGCUCUUGCAUACGCAAUGAGCAGUGAAUUAACACGCGAGGUCGUUAAAAUUUGUCUCAGCUAAGCUUUCUUUUUUAAAUUGAGGCAAAUAUCAUCAAAGGAAUUUUAUUCGGGUGUAAGAUUUUUCAAUCUGACCGAAUUGGCAGAGAUACAGGCAGUUGAAUACAGUCUAUAUUUUACUGCUCAUUAUCAUACGCGUAGAAAUUCAUAUUUGAGUUUUAUACUGCGUCAGUAGCAGCAACGACCAACGGUUUAAUUUGUGAAUAUUAGUUCAUACAUGGAAUCUGUUGGGGUACGCUUGACCUGGCUUGACUUAAAAUGUAAAAUAGCUCUUUGAGAAAUGAUGCAAGCAUUUUUGUCAUAAAACCUGGUAUUUGCAUACUAUUUCUACCGGCUCGCUAGGAUCGCUGAAAAAAAAGUCUCUCUUUGAGUCCAGGGCCUAGUUGUUCGAAGGCUGAAUAGCUAACCCAGGGUUAAAUUUUAACUUGGUUUUCUUUUUCGUUUGUUCAAAAACAUUUUCCCGGAUUAUUUUCUCUAUCCUUUUUAGGCCAUUCAAUCAUUUAACUGUAGAGAAAAAGAAUAAAACUGAUUUUGCUUUUUAAGCUUUAAUAUCUGAACUCAAAUUUUGCACUAACCCCGGGUUAUAUUAACCCUCCUUUGAACAACCCGGCCCUGAUAUUUACGUACAAAUUCUCCAUACUGGUCUCCAUAUAAUUCCUUAAAGAAUUAGUGGAGAGAAUGCGAUAAAAGAUCAAAGCAUUUUCCCAUUGUUGAUCAUUUUAUUUAUUCUUAUAACCGUUUCGGUUGAUAAUAUAUGGAACAUUGUUAGGAGAAAACUGAUGUUGGUCACUCUUGGGUCGUAAAGGCUGGUAUCCGUAUGAUCGCAUGUAGGGCGUUUUUCAGCAAAAAUAGGGCUCCAUCUUAUUGAAAGCAGUCUUUAAAUUAACAGUGUUCAUUUUAUCUUGCUGUUGUUUAGAAACCGAGUUUUUGACUGCUCUUCACGCUUGCGCAAAGGAACGAGUUCAAGAGGAAGUGACUUUCUUUCGUAAGUAAUCACAAAAACACUGCUUCGUUUUACAGGUUACCUGUGGUAGAAAGCUGAUGGUCUCCUUAAAAUAGACCUCUUUAGCUUUCAUGUUUUUAGUUCUAAUGUAGUUCAAGUGGUAAUACUCUAGAUAGAGACCUGUUUCUUUCAAAUUUCGUCUUAUUUCCGUUGAUAUGUGCGUCUAAUUUAUGAAAAGAUAGAGGUUAAAUUCCCCUGAAACCUUCAUUGGGAAAACAUAAAGCAAAAGAGAUCAAUUGACUCUGCUGUGUUUGUGUGGAAUUGAAACAUGGGUUUAUGUCAUUUUCUAGCACGAUAACGUUUUUCUUCGGCGCCAUCAUUUCUGAAGAGAACGAUCUAAAAAUAAUACACUAUAACAAUUGGUUUUGAUAACCGUUAUCUUUUUUUGUUUUUCGUUGUGUUUUUAGCUGAGAGCUGUUCUGUGGAACCAUUAAGGAACGCGAUACGUAUCUUCAAAGAAUGGAAAGUGAUUCAAGUGGAUGCUGAUAGUAGAGUAAGCCUCUGCGACGCUUACAACGACGAAGAUGCGUUGUUUGAUGUGAUAGAGAAGAUCGGCCAGUUUAAACUGUAAAGCAAAGAGAGUUUGACUUUUUUAACUGAUUGUAAAUUUACGCCCUGGUGACCCGCAAUUGUUUGAGUUUGUACAAGCUGAUACAAAAGAAGGUUUAUCCUACGUCAGGGUCCUUUGUGCGGGUGCAGCUUUGCAAAGAAAUAAAGCCAUAUUGAAAAGAAAAAAAAAACAAGUACGGCUGGUAGUUGCCUUAAUAAUCUUUAGGCCUUGGUCAGUUUAUUUAUUUAUUUUCUUUUGAAAUGGAUAAAAAUGUGAUAUUCCCGAGGCAUGAAGGCUCACGAGACAUAAUGGUGCGAUCAUUAAAAGCAAGCCGACAGUUGAGUGGGAAUACUGGUGUCCCUGAUGUCAUAUAAGAGUCAUUUCCUGCACAGCGGUAAUCAUUUAGGCAAAACAAUGUACGUUAUGCAUAAUUUUGUUUUCUUCGAAAGAGGCUGCUAAGUGCAGCCAACCGCGAUCAUUUUUCAUACACCCACUUGAACGUUUUAACGAUCUUUUGACAGUCUUUUGACCCAAAGCAUUGAUAGGUUUCAUUAACAUAACGAUC